UCCACUGGACGAUCGAGAAAAAAAAAAAAAAAAGUUUCCUCCUACAUUUGGAGUCCAUAAAACGCCUGUGAAAGUGUUCUGAAAUGUUUACCUCGCUCUCUACACCGUUAGUGAGGGUGAAGCUGGUCUCAUCUUGGCGCUGGAGUUCAGCAAAGGUUAAACAGUUUCUGCUGGUGAUAGCGGCCGCGUCCGGCUCAUCGGCCGCCGUCCUCGACUCUCCAGAUUAUGCUGACCCGAAUCCGUCCUACGCUGUGACGUGGGAGGUUAAGAACGCACCGACCUUUGACGAAAAGUCCCAGCAGGAGACUCUCAGAGAUGGCACCGUAGAGGGCCAGUAUUCGUACCUGAGACCCGACGGCAAACUGCAGGUGGUCACAUACAGAGCCAAUGAUGAAAUCGGUUUCGUUGUGGACAUCGACGUCCGUGAUGUCAUGGCGCCGUUCGGAGAUGCGGGUCGGCCGGCCGCCACGUCUGCACAGCACGGAGAGCAGCCUUCCAGCCGCCGAGCCUCACCCUCCUCGGGCGGCAAAAGUUUCCUUCGGGGAUCGUCUUUCCCUUCGCUAAACGGCCGAAGGCAAGGCGAAUCCUUCGCUUCUCACAGGACAUCUCAGGGGCGAGGUCGAGCCUUUUCCUCACACUCCUCGGUCAACAACAUUAACAAGGGGGUUUCCUCCCAAAGAGCGAGAUUGCCUCAAGUUCAACUCCGACCUUUGCCCCAACGCCAGCCUACCUUUGUCAACAGACCUCGAGCCCCACGCCCACCCCCGCCACCACCUCCAACCACCACAACGACAACCACAACCACUACUACUACUCCACCGCCUCCACCCCCUCCCCCUCCUCCUCCACCCCCAUCAGUUGUCGCGCCACUACUCAGACCUUUGGCUGCAAACAGACAAUCCUCAGGCCGUGGCCAGACAAAGGGUGUGGCUCACGUGACUUUCAACUCCCCCACUCAUCAGUACUCUUACCCGCUUGUGGUAAGCUGAGGAUACCCGCAACUACUUGACACUUCACCCACCGUCAGGUAACUGAGAGUAAAAAAGUGCAUAAAUCUCUAGUUUACCGCUGUCACCUGCAAACAGUACUAAACGCUAUUUUUAAGAUAACACGAGGAUGAGUGUAUGAGUGUAUGGUCUGUCACAUGAAACUGCACACCGCAUACAGACAGAGCAAAACGUGAAUGUCGUGUUCAUCAUACUGUCAUUUAUAUCAUACAGGUUUACUUGGUCUGCCUCUGAUUCUGGGCUUUGGAAUGUAUUGUAAAAUGUGAAAUACAAUAUUUUAAAAUGA